AUGCGCCUUUUACAGACCAACGGCACUGUCAGGUUCACAAGUCUGCGCAGCUGCGCAGCCGGCGUUGGACGGCGAGGAGCGCUGAUGGUAGCCGCCAGGAAAAGGGCGAGCACACCUUCACGAGCCGGGGGCCGCACCCAGCUCACGCUGUCGCAUAUGCACGCAACCAACGGCCGCACUGAGGGGAGGGAGAGUGGUUGGGUCGUGUUGGAAGAGAAUGACACGGGGAGCAGGGCAAAUCGAGAAGGGGGGGAAGGGUUGGUGACCAACUUUAAGAAUAAUGCAGGCCUGGAGCGGGCCAGGCCAGGCGCAGUCACCGCUCGUCAAGAUCGGCCUCCAGGUUCGACCGACAAUGGGCGGGGCACAUGGGGGCACAUGGCGCAGAGAGUGCCGUAUUUCCUUGGAGAGGAGCAGAGAUUCAAGUCAUUGGGCUCGUGUUCAGGAGCCUAUGAUGCCUCGGAUUGA